GAAGAUGGCACAAUAACAGUCCAGUGAUGCCUGACCAUGACAGCAUAGCCCUUCUGAGCAGGCAGACCAAGAAAAGAAGAGUUGACAUUGGAGUGAAAAGGACUGUAGGGACUGCAUCAGCAUUCUUUACAAGGACAAGAGCAAAUUUCUUUGGUGCCAUGAAUCCCCAUGGUUCUGAGCAGGACAUUGAGUGUUCCAUGAUGCAGCAUGCUGAUGGGGAGAAGUCAAAUGUGCUUCGCAAACUGCUGAAGAGGGCAAAUUCAUAUGAGGAUACCAUGAUGUCUUUUCCAGGAGCAACGAUAAUUUCUCAGCUACUGAAAAAUAAUAUGAACAAGAAUGGAGGCAUGGAGCCCAGUUAUCAGCACACUGGUCUCUCCAGCACAGGCUCAGAAGUGCAUCAGGAGGAUGUAUGCAGUAACUCUUCACGAGAAAGUCCACAUGAAUGUCUAUCGCCUUUUAGCAGGCCUACCAUGAGCCAGUUUGAUAUGGAUCGACUAUGUGAUGAGCAUCUGAGAGCCAAGCGUGCUAGAGUUGAGAAUAUCAUCAGAGGUAUGAGUCAUUCUCCAAAUAUGGGGUUAAGGGGAAAUGAAACUGAAAAAGAUGGUGUUCCCCAGCCUGUCAGUCCUAGAGAAAGCUUCAGAGAAAACAAACGUAAACAGAAACUGCCUCAGCAGCAGCAGCAGAGUUUUCAACAGCUAGUCUCAGUUCAAAAAGAACAGAAGCGAGAGGAGCGUAGGCAGCUUAAGCAACAGCUAGAGGAAAUGCAGAAACAGCUGCGCCAGCUUCAGGAGAAGUUCUAUCAAAUGUAUGAUAGCACAGAUUCAGAAAAUGAUGACUGUAAUUUGUCUGAAGACAGCAUGAAUUCUGAAAGCAUUGAUGCUAGGGUACAAGACUCAGUGAGCAGAUCAGAUAAUGAAAUGUCUGACUUAGACCCCGGUCAUUUCAUUGACCGGGCACGUGCUCUUAUCAGGGAACAAGAAAUUGCAGCUGAACAUGGAAAACCUAAAACAGAUUGUUCCAAAGAAAAAGGCCAGGGUCAGACAAAUUCACAUGGUGAAGGAAAACAGCUAGCUGAGGCAUUAAAACAGGAACUGAAUACUGCAAUGUCACAAGUAGUAGAUAGUGUGGUUAAAGUGUUUUCAUCAAAACCUUCUCACCAGCUUCCUCAGGUCUUCCCACCUCUCCAGAUCCCUCAGGCAAGAUUUGCAGUCAAUGGGGACCAUCAUAACUUCCAUACCACCAAUCCACGCCUGCAGUGCUUUGGUGAUGUCAUCAUUCCUAACCAACUAGACACAUUUAGUAACAUGCAGGUACCUAGUGCCACAGACCAAACAGAAGCACUGCCCUUGGUGGUUCGUAAAAACUCAUCUGACCAAACUGCCUUGGCGCCAUCUAAUGGUGGGCAUCAUGUGUCUCUUCAUCAGUCUCCACUCUCAGCAACUGCAAGCUUCACAUCACCCUCUUUCCGUCACCCAUUUCCUCUUCCAUUAAUGGCCUACCCCUUCCAAAACCCAUUGGCUGUUCCUCCUGGCAGUUUUCCUGGGAAGGACAGAGCUUCUCCUGAAUCGUUAGACUUGACACGGGAGACAGCCAGCCUGCGGACCAAGAUGUCCUCACACCAUAUGAAUCAUCGUCCAUGUUCACCAGUACACACGCCGAACACUGCAGAAGGUCUUUCUCUAUCGCUCAUCAAAUCGGAAUGUGGUGAUCUGCAAGACCUGGCUGAAAUUUCACCUUACUCUGGAAAUGCAAUGCAGGAAGGACUUUCUCCCAACCACUUGAAAAAGGCAAAACUGAUGUUUUUUUAUACUCGGUACCCAAGCUCAAACAUGUUGAAAAUGUUUUUCUCAGAUGUAAAGUUCAACAGAUGCAUCACCUCUCAGUUAAUCAAGUGGUUCAGUAACUUCCGUGAGUUUUACUACAUCCAGAUGGAGAAGUAUGCGCGCCAGGCCAUCAACGAUGGAAUCACAAACACUGAAGACCUCAGCAUAACCAGAGACUGUGAGCUCUACAGAGCACUAAACAUGCACUACAACAAAGCAAAUGAUUUUGAGGUCCCAGAGAGAUUCCUGGAAGUGGCUCAGAUCACAUUACGGGAGUUUUUCAAUGCUGUUAUUGCAGGCAAAGAUGUUGAUCCUUCCUGGAAGAAGGCCAUAUACAAGGUCAUCUGCAAGCUGGACAGUGAAGUUCCUGAAAUUUUCAAAUCUCCUACUUGCCUGCAAGAACUCCUUCAUGAAUAGAAAGAUCCAGACUUUUGUUUGAAUGUAUGAAAAUGUGACAUUCCCCUUUGAAUUCCACUGGCCUACACUGUGGCUAUAAUAACUACAUACAGAUAUAUUAUAUUUUUUAUUAUUUUACCUGGAGACUGCUUUUGCAGAUUAUAAGGGGGAUGAUUUCAGCUGUGGGCCUCCUUGCUGGGUCACCUGAAACCCUCAUCUGCUGGACAUUAAAGGGUUGUGUUUCAGGGAGCUACAAAGUGUAAAAGCCUCUCUUUGCAAGUCCGGGCAUUAUGCUUUUUUGUGGUGAAAAAAGAUACUGUGUCAGAUAAAAUGCUUACUUGCAAAUUGGCAAUAACAUUUUGUCAUUUCUGCAAAGCUGGGACAGUUGUCAUCAAAUAACACUACAGAAGGUGAAGUUUGUAAUAUGUAUAUGUUAUUAGAGGUGUGAUGUCUCUAAUGCUUCUAAACAUAGGACCUUAUCUGUUGUUAGACUUUGUUCACAAAAAUGUCAUUUGUUUGACAAAAAGUAUGUCUGUGUUUUUUGGUAUUUAUUCCGGAUAUUGGGUUCAUAAGCCUUCUCUCUCCCUCUCUCACUUUCUCUCCCUGUCUUUUCUGUCUCCCCCUCCCUCUUUAUCUCAGCUUUAGUCAGUUUCAUUUAGUGUGCCCCUCAGCUUAAGCAUAUUGCAGGAUAUUUAUUUUAAGACAAGGUAGAUUUGCACAGUAAAUACUUUCUUACAAGGUGAGGUGCAUUUCUAUGAACUAUGAUCCAGAUUUUCAUGAGUUGUACCACUGAUAGAAACCAUUUAUGCUCCCCUUUUGUUAUGUUUCUUUUAAUGCAUAUUACUUUAUAUUUAUUAAGAAACCAUUGUAUUAAAAUAGCAUGGUUCUAGCAUGCCUAUCAGGAAUGACCACUGACUAAGAGGAGUUAAGGUCAAAGUAUAAAUAUGAUCAAAAGGCACUUUAUUUGUAUAUAUUUGUAAUACAUUGUUUGCCUGGCUCAGAAGAUUAUCGCAGGUGGCACAGCCAUGAGAAGCCUUUGUAGAAGCUGUCACCAUGCAAGUCAGAGUAAGUUGCCUUUACUGCAGUCAGGCCACUGUGUGUCCAGUUUACAAAAUGUAUGUUGGAGUGUAAUGGAUUUUUUGAUGAAGACUCAUCUAGUCAGUUUGAUAUAACUUGAUUGACAAAUAACAGAUACUGUCAUUUCAUCAGGCAUUUUCCACUGUGCUGUUAUGUUGGGAAGAAAUAAUUUUGUGAUCUACACAGUAGUUGAUUUUUUUUCUAAUUUUAAACUUAUUCUGCAGCACGAAUGUCAUUAUGAGGUAAUUGUCAAUAAGUUUAAUCCCUCAAGAAAAGCAACAUUUUGAGCUCUUCAAAUCUUCUGCUUUGUGCAUCACUUUGGGUGGACAAAAAUUCUACCUAGGAAAUCAUAAUGGAGAAAACAGUUAACUGCAACCAGAUUCCAGCAUGGAUGAGUUUUCUGGGCACAGGACCCUAAUCACACUAGAUAGCAAUGAUGUUUGUGGGUAGAGCUUAGACCUGCACCCGGAGACUUAAGAUGCCAGAUUAAAUAGAACAAUAAGUAAAGCAAUGAAUAAUGCUGGUUUCAUCAAUGGUAUUAGUGCCAUAUCAUAAAACAUAAUAUUUGAGACAGUGUCAUUCCAUUUAUCUGGUAUGUAUAAUAUGUCAUUAUAUGUGGUGAAUGAAA